GUUUGGACUUUUUUGGCUUUUCGGACAGACGGAGAAAAUCCUUAAGAACCAGGUCAGAAUCUGCGGUAUUUACUUUGGAGGCCGCUGCUAUGUUGGGACAGAUGGACUUAAUUCGGACGAUCCGGGACGAGGAUGAAAGUCCGGAGGAACCGGACACCGAGUCCGAGCAGGAGGAUGCACCAAUCAUCCUGAACAGAAAGAAAAAAUUUGGCAGACGUGGCCGUGGGGCAAUGGAUUUUAAUGCCGACUUUGAGUUUGGAGAGAAAGAUGUCAUCCUGGACGACACUGACUUGGGCCGGGCUGGACCUGAUGAAGCAGCUGAAGAAGAAGAGAACUCCAACCACUCUGGACCAGAAAAUUGAAAUCAUCAGGAAGAAGAGAAAAGCAGAGGGAAAGGAAGGUUUGAGUGACACUGCUGGAAAGCACCCAGAGGAAGGCGUGGAAGAGGACAUUAAGCCUGAAACUGGAGGAGACGACGAUGAUGAUGAUGAUGAUGAUGAAUUUGACUCAGCUGAUGAGGAAAUCCUGACUAAAUCAGGCAAGUCCAACAGAACAGGUUUGGGUUUUUUUGUUUUUGUUUUUAAGACUAAAUGUUUUUAUGAAUUUGUCCGGUUUACCAAACAUCAGGAACACCAACAAGCUCCCUCGUUAGCUGAGGUCGAUGAAAAGCCUCAGGUGCAUCCGCGUUGA